GUUGUAGGGUAUGGCAGUUAAAAGGCAUACCAUGUGCACAUGCUGUGGCUGCCAUUUACUUUAAGAAAUGUGAACCUCUUGACUACAUUGACAACUGCUAUAGUAAGGCAACUUACUUGAGGACUUAUGCCAAUGUCCUUCAACCUGUCACAAACAUGGAGAUGUGGCCUGUAUCUACUAACCCCACAGUUGCACCACCAGAAAUAAAAAGCAUGCCUGGCAGGCCAGGUAAACUUAGAAAGAAGGAAGCUGGUGAGAGUAAAAAAUCUGGAAAGCUACCUAGAACUGGACUUGCCAUGACAUGUAGUAACUGUAAUGUUAGAGGCCACAACAAGAGAGGAUGUCCACAAAGGGUUGAGUCAUCAACAAGGGAAGAACCAUCAAAUACAGACAAGGGAAAUGGCAAAACUUCAGGUUUAGGCAGACCAAAGAAAGCACAAACAGAAGGUGAGCCUUCUACAAAGAGGUCAAGAGGAAGACCACCUGCAGCACCUAGUGCAUCUCCAGGACCUGCAAAGAGGUCAAGAGGAAGACCACUGGCAGUACCUAAUGCAUCUGCAGCACUUACAAAAGGUGCAAGAGGAAGACCACCUAAUGCAUCUGCAGCACCUGCAAAGAGUGCAAGAGGAAGACCACCUGCAGCAACUAGUGCACCUCCUACAUGUCCAUCACCUGCUAAUUACCAUGUUGGAUCUUCUACACCUGCUGAUUACCAGUUAACUAAUAGUAACAAAGGAAGAGGAAGGGGUAGGGGAAGCACAACCUCAUACAAAAGGCAAGCAGUCAUUGGAAUGGGUGUGUUUCAAGAUGAAAAUGGAUUCAAAGCUCUUAAUCCUGGGAUGUCAAGUUGUAAGAUCUUCUCUACUGGUACAACAAAGGUGACAAAAUCUGCUGAUGUUACUGGUGAUAUUGGUUACAAACUAAGUACUGCACCCAAGUUGAAAUGGAAUGGAAAAGCAGCAAUCUCAACAAGAAAACUUCAAGAAAUGAGAGAGGAACAAAGAAAAAAAUCAAAAGGAAGUAGUUCAUGAAAAUAUUUCCCAUUUUGAAUGAUGAUGUAUUAGUAUUGAACAUCAAAUUAUGUUUUUGUUUUUGGUUUUUGGUUUUUGAUUGUACUUUGACCUUAUGUGAGGCCUGUUUUACAAUCGAUUAUGUCAAUU